GCCGGCGUCGCAGCAUCGCGGACUCAGAUCGCGUCCCGCCCAGGGUUCGCUCUCUGCCGGCUUUUCGCGCCCAAACGCGGCGUCGCGCAGCAAGUGUCUCCCGGCUGUCCGUGGCUCCCCGCUGCUACCACCGUUUAUACGUCUGUGAGAAGUGCUCUGUGGACGUGUAGUGACUCCAGAUAAGAAGACAAAACCACUGUUGACGCUGCUUUGUUUGUUAUGACAUCUGUCUGAAAGGAGGCGAUGCGGUGGUUCCGGAAGGGCAGCGGCGACUCCCCGCGCCUGCUCAGCCUAUCGCCGCUGCGCAGCGUAGACCCUAUCGACGCGGACGUCGACACCACCGCCGCGGACUGUGUGCCCAGCCGACGGUCCCGUAUAGACAUGUCACCGGUGAGGUGGCGGCGGCCAGAGGCGCGCUGCUGGUCACCACAACGCUGCAACAAGGUGCACCCCUCCCCGGAGCACCUGCAAACGCCUGCCUCUGGCGCUGGUGCCAGCGCUGCCUGCCGCGAGAAGAGGAACCCACUACUCGAGCGCGUCAAGACAACGCGCCUCUCCUGCUUCUCCCAGGAUGACUGCCGCCGUGGCCUGCUGCUCGAUGGCUCGCAGGACACAGAUGAUAUCCUGACGACAACACCACCACAUGCCAGCACAGUGCAUCAAAGUGAUGAGCUGCAGCACCAAAAUAGUGCACUGCAGGUGGCGAAUGCCACUCCCACCACCACCACUGCUGCUGCUGCUGCCAGGCUCAGCGUCUUUUGCGUGUCAGCAUCUAAUGAGAAUGUCUUCUAUGGUGAACCCUCAUCUGCUAGGGCACGCUGGCGAAGAAGCCACGGGGGUGGUGGCAGCACUGACUCAUCAUGUCUUUCUGCAAAACUACGUGCCAUGUCUGAGCGCUACCUCCGGACAUCUACAAGCAGACUUCUGGCCAAACUAUACCGGCACAGUGCUCCUAGACCUGCUCCUGAGCCAGAAGUGGAUCUAGGGACUGAACUAGGUGGUGGUGAUAGUGGUGGCACCAGAACAGCAGAAGAUGGCUCUGAUGCACAGGAGCAGCAGCAACAAAAAGUAAUGAAGAGCCGUGCACGAUCUGGCAGUACGUGUACUGAAGCCAAGCUGCGAAGCUUUUCGUAUGGUGCACUGCCUGGGAUUGAUGACUUCCAGCGCAGGCAUAACCCCAUAUUCUCUGACGAUGAUGAAGAUGGGGACAGUGGGAUCUUGGUGAGUGAUUCAGCCAACUCAUCCGUGGAUGAAGGUUGUUCACUGGCACUCACAGACAGGCAACGACGACGGCAGCGGGCACCCGAGAUAGAGAAAACUCCUGACCGCACAAGCCCAACACCACCUCUUCCACCGCCACCUGUACCACCACAUGGAGCAGCUGCUGCUGAGACACGUGUUGUGACUCUCAUGCGAGACCACCCUGGACAAGGACUGGGCAUCUUCAUUGCAAAGACACGUGCAGCUCACCGUGCUGCUGCUGGUUAUGUUGUGGCACACAUUGUGCCUGGUGGACUUGCACAUAGGGAGGGCAGUCUGCGUAUAGGUGAUGAAAUCGUCAAUGUGAAUGGACGGCGGCUGAGAGGGCUGAGCAUGUCUGGAGCACGUGACGCACUGCGCACGGGCCCACGUCAUGUUGACCUGGUUGUUGUAGCACGUGACCCUGAAGCAGCACUAGCACUUGUUGGCACAGCACACAAUGCAGAUGCUGAUCCUGAGUUGGAAGCAGAUGCUGUGUGUGAGCAGCGAAUGCAACAGCAGCAAUCAACAGUGGGGCGGGGUCGCAGUAUGCGUGAGACAUGUGUCGACUAUGAAAAUGUGGUGCUCACUACAGUGGGUGGCCAGUCACGACUGAUAUCUGUUGGCAGUGGCAGUGAGGAUACUCUUGUUGCAGAGGUGGAAAACGGUGGUAUCAGUUCUCCAGAUUUGUCAUUGCCAUCCCAACCUUCAUCUGAGCUUCAGGAAGAACAGCAGCGUAGACAAAGCAGAGAGGAGGAAGGAGAGCAUGUGACACAUUUCCAAAAGCACAGUGCAAGUGGACGACGUGACAGAGACAGACUUCGGGCUGCCUGUCGAAGCCAUGGCACACUGCUAGACGAUUCAUCACCUUCCAACUUCUGCACGCUACCACGCCGGCCUCGCUCUACACUUGCCACAUUCCAUACAAUAAUUUUCCAGAAGGGGCCAGGGAAGAAAAGCCUUGGUUUCACUAUUGUAGGUGGCCGUGAUUCCCCACGUGGUGCAAUUGGCAUCUUUGUUAAGAGCAUUUUGGAAGGUGGCCAGGCUGCUGAUGAUGGCAGGUUACGUGCAGGUGAUGAAGUUCUUGCUGUUAAUGGACAAGUGUGUCAUGAUCUCACACAUUCCGAGGCAGUAGCACUUUUCAAAAAAAUCAAGACGGGGACAGUUGCACUGCACAUCUGCAGGAGGGUUCGCACAAAAGAAAUGUCGACCAAGGCAAAAUCAUGUACUGAUCUAGUGCAGACAGCAGGAUCAGGAGAAUGAUUGUACUAUACAAGAGAAUCAGAGUUACCAGGGAAGACAGUCUUAUCUAAUGGCAGAACUUACUGAUCUCCUCACUGAUGUUGAGCUGACAAUCAGUCUCAUCGCCUUUCCGAAGACUUUGUUAUUGUUUUAAUGUAAUAUAUUUUCAUGUGUACA